AUGGUACAUACAUUAUGGUUCUAUUAUAACCCUAUCAGUGAUGACAUUCUGGUUCUAUUAUAACCCUAUCAGUGAUGACAUUCUGGUUCUAUUAUAACCCUAUCAGUGAUGACAUUCUGGUUCUAUUAUUACCCUAUCAGUGAUGACAUUCUGGUUCUAUUAUUACCCUAUCAGUGAUGACAUUCUGGUUCUAUUAUAACCCUAUCAGUGAUGACAUUCUGGUUCUAUUAUAACCCUAUCAGUGAUGACAUUCUGGUUCUAUUAUUACCCUAUCAGUGAUGACAUUCUGGUUCUAUUAUAACCCUAUCAGUGAUGACAUUCUGGUUCUAUUAUUACCCUAUCAGUGAUUGUGGAGGAAGAAAGCCAUACAAGAAGAGAUAUUUAUGAAUUAAAGCAGUAUAAUGUUGAUAUCAUACUAAUUCCACAGAGUUAGGAAGGUCAUUGUCCCAGCUUUACUUUGCCGUUACUGUACAUAUCUUAGCAUGUUGCAAUAGUUAACUCCAAAUGACAGAACAAAUAGGUUCCAGUUGAACAAUGUUUACUUCACAGUGUCAGCACAGUACAUAGAGGCCAUUCCACUCCGCCCCGGUUGAAAAAUGACAGUAAUUUCUGUGCAGAUGCACUAAUAAGAGAGGGACACCAGCAUAAAAAAGAAGUGUAGGGUUACUUAAAACAUGAACUUAAAGGACAACUCCACCACUUGUCUCGAACACCAAACCAGUGUCUACACAUCUCCUCGCAGACCGUGUGUGUGUGUACCGGACCAAACGACAGACAGACAUGGCAGAAGUCGCACCAGCACUCGCCGCCGCCGCGCCGGCCAAGGCACCCAAGAAGAAGGCAGCAGCCAAGCCCAAGAAAGCGGGACCCAGCGUAGGCGAGCUCAUCGUCAAGGCUGUGACCGCCUCCAAGGAGAGGAGCGGCGUGUCCCUGGCUGCGCUCAAGAAGACGCUGGCGGCAGGCGGCUACGACGUGGAGAACAACAACUCCCACGUCAAGAUCGCAGUCAAGAGCCUCGUCACCAAGGGCACCCUGGUCCAGACCAAGGGCACCGGUGCAUCCGGCUCCUUCAAGCUCAACAAGAAAGCCGUCGAGGCGAAGAAGCCCGCCAAGAAAGCCGCAGUCCCCAAAGUAAAGAAGGUGGCCGCCAAGAAGCCCGCCGCGGCGAAGAAGCCCAAGAAGGUAGCAGCCAAGAAGGCCGUCGCCGCAAAGAAGUCCCCCAAGAAGGCCAAGAAGCCCGCUACACCCAAAAAGGCAGCCAAGAGCCCCAAUAAGGCUACAAAGGCAGCCAAGCCCAAAGCCGCCAAGCCCAAGGCAGCCAAGGCCAAGAAGGCAGCCCCCAAGAAGAAGUAAACCUAUGUGGUCCUCUGUAGCAUAUUAUUAUUAUUAUGUGACUCAUUUCAGAAAACUAGCCUUAUGUCGUGUGUCACUACUUCACAGGAGAUCCAUUUGAAUAUCAACUUCUUUUUUUUAUCAACAUGCGUUUUUGGCCAGAAAUGCUUUCUGGAACAUGUGAACUUUCAUGUGCCUUAAUAACAAAUGUGUAUGCCAUCUGUAAAUACGAAUACAAUUGUUAAAUUACGAGCCUAGUUGGUUUAGCCACUGAAAAAUACAGGAAACUUCUCGUUAAACAUGAUUGGCUGAGAUAAUGGAAGGGCUGGACAUGCCGAGAGAUGAGCUCGGAUUGGUCUGCCAUGUAG